AUGUCUAAUUCCGAUUCCGAUCCCAGCAACGGACACCGUCACGUUUCUUGGCCACCGCCGACGGAUGCUAAACCAAUUCCACCUUCUUCUUGGGCUAAGAAAACUGGUUUCAAGCCUAAAUUCUCCGGUGAGACUAAUGCUAGUGAUUCUGGUCAGAUAAUAAACCAUGUCCCUACUAAAGCUAGAGAACCUGAACCGCAACCGGAACCGGAACUGGAUCUCGAAGCUGGUCGUGUUCGGCCACCGGCCAACGGCGUUGCUCAGAGUAACAAUGUUACUAUUCCGGUAUCGGUUCCGGUUGUUAAAGACCAAACGGUGAAGAAACGGAGGGAUUCUGAUGGUGUUCCGAGUACUAACGGUCAGGCAAAUCCAGCGCCGGCAACGGACCAGCCUCCGCAGGUGCGGAGAACGGCGAGGCAUGAAGAAGUGGUUGAUGGUUUGGUUGUGGAUGAUGAAGGAUUAGCGUCUAGGCACCCUCAUAUGAAGUAUGAGCUCAGAGAUUCUCCUGGUUUAGUUCCCAUUAGUGUGUAUGGUGUUCAGCAUUAUGUUUCGAUGUUAGGUUCAUUGAUUCUUAUUCCACUUGUAAUUGUUCCUGCAAUGGGAGGUUCUCACGAGGAAACUGCUAAGGUGGUAUCAACAGUGCUCUUCGUUUCGGGGUUGACUACUCUGUUGCAUAUUAAUUUUGGGUCUAGGUUGCCCUUGAUACAAGGCCCUUCUUUUGUUUACUUGGCGCCGGCUCUGGCGAUAAUAAAUUCCCCAGAGUUACAAGCAUUAAAUGGAAACAAAUUCCAGCAUAUAAUGAGGGAGCUUCAGGGGGCUAUAAUCAUUGGAUCUGCUUUUCAAGCUUUACUUGGAUAUACUGGACUUAUGUCACUCUUAAUAAGGUUGAUCAAUCCUGUAGUUGUAUCCCCAACUAUUGCUGCAGUUGGACUUUCAUUUUUCAGUUAUGGGUUCCCAUUAGUUGGUACAUGUCUUGAGAUCGGAGCAGUACAGAUAUUAGUGGUUAUUGUUUUUUCUCUUUAUCUUCGUAAGAUAUCUGUUCUUGGACAUCGCAUAUUUCUAAUCUAUGCAAUUCCUCUUGGUCUAGCAAUUACAUGGGCAUAUGCUUUCUUGCUUACUGAAGCAGGAUUUUACAGCUAUCAAGGGUGUGAUGUAAAUAUACCUGCAUCAAAUAUGCUUUCAGAGCAUUGUAGAAAGCAUUUUUCUAGGAUGAAGCAUUGUCGGGUUGAUACUUCUCAGGCAUUGAAAUCCUCUCCAUGGUUUAGAUUUCCCUAUCCAUUACAAUGGGGUACUCCUGUCUUUCACUGGAAAGUGGCUUUUGUAAUGUGUGUGGUUUCGUUAAUCACAUCCGUGGAUUCGGUUGGCUCAUACCAUGCAUCUUCUUUAUUGGUAGCAUCAAGACCUCCAACUCCUGGAGUUCUUAGUCGAGGAAUUGGUUUGGAAGGUCUUUCUAGUGUCUUGGCUGGUCUCUGGGGAACUGGAACCGGGUCUACAACUUUAACUGAAAAUGUUCAUACAAUUGCUGUGACUAAAAUGGGAAGCCGUCUGGCUGUUCAACUGGGCGCAUGCUUUCUGAUAUUGUUGUCUGUCAUAGGUAAGGUUGGAGGGUUCAUUGCUUCAAUUCCUGGAGUUAUGGUUGCUGGUCUGCUCUGCUUUAUGUGGGCAAUGCUAACAGCUUGGGGCUUGUCAAAUCUACGCUACAGUGAGGCUGGAAGCUCUCGCAAUAUCAUCAUAGUUGGGUUAUCAUUGUUUUUCUCUCUUUCUGUACCGGCCUACUUUCAACAAUACGGCAUCUCUCCGAAUUCCAAUGUGUCUGUGCCAAGUUAUUUUCAGCCCUACAUUGUUGCUUCCCACGGGCCUUUCCACGUGAAUCAUGGAGGGUUGAACUAUGUCUUGAACACACUUUGUUCACUACACAUGGUGAUUGCAUUUCUUGUUGCUGUUAUCCUGGAUAAUACUGUACCUGGUAGUCAGCAGGAGCGAGGGGUAUAUGUUUGGUCUGAACCUGAGGUGGCCAGAAGGGAGCCUGCUGUUGCUAAAGAUUAUGAGUUGCCCUGGAGAGUUGGUCGGAUUUUCAGGUGGGUGAAGUGGGUUGGCCUGUGA